AGCUAUAUUAGAAUCGUACCAGGAAGAAAGGAACCACAAGUGCAUGGCCUCCGUCCAAUCUACUUGUGAUAUCACCAAACAAACACUUUUGUCUCUCAGCCGGGCAAAGCCAAAGGCCCGCCGCCAGCUGCUCUCAACUCAACCUUUGUCUCCCAGCGUCGCUAGCCAGCUUAGGUCAGAUCAAAUCAGCAAGGUCGGGGCGCGGUCGGCGAGCAGCUAGCAAUCUAGAGCGGGCGGCGAUGAUUGGCCGUGCAGCAGGCCGGCCGGUGUUCGUCCUCUUCGGCUCCUCCAUCGUGCAGUACAGCUUCAGCAACGGCGGAUGGGGCGCCACUCUCGCCGACAUCUACGCCCGCAAGGCUGAUAUUGUUCUGAGAGGGUAUAUUGGCUGGAACUCAAGGCGGGCACUUCAAGUCAUUGACAAAGUUUUCCCCAAGGAUUCAGCAGUGCAACCUAGCUUGGUAAUAGUUUACUUUGGUGGCAAUGAUUCAAUUGCUGCACACCCUUCUGGGCUUGGACCUCAUGUGCCACUUGAGGAGUACAUAAACAACAUGAAAAAGAUAGCGGAGCACCUCAAGAGCCUCUCGGACAAGACCCGCGUGAUCUUCCUGAGCUGCCCACCGCUCAAUGAGGAGACACUCCGGAAAUCGACAAGCACAGCGCUGAGCGAGAUCGUGCGGACCAACGAAACCUGCCGUCUCUACUCCGAAGCAUGCAUAUCUGUGUGCAAGGAGAUGGACCUCAAGUGCGUCGAUCUCUGGAACGCCAUUCAGAAACGGGAUGACUGGGCCACGGCGUGCUUUACGGAUGGGCUGCAUUUGUCGGAAGAGGGGAGCAACCUAGUGGUGGAAGAGAUCCUGAGGGUUCUCAAGGAUGAUGCUGCAGAGUGGGGCCUGCACUGGAAGGCGAUGCCGACCGAGUUUGACGAGGACUCUCCCUACGACCUUGUCGCCUCCAGCGGCCAGUCCACCAUCAACCCGUCCCAGUGGACCUUCCACAGGAAAAUACAAUGGGACUGAAAUGAAGAGCAAGAUCAGCAUUACCUCUCUCUUCUGUAUGAAUGAUGUUGAUAUUGUGUGCUGGUGGUCUGAAAUUCAUGUGAUGGAUGCCUGGGAGAACAUUAUAAGAAUUUCGCCUUCCAUCGACUUGCCGUCCUAAAUCAAUAAUAAAUCUGUUGAGUUGAAUUGAGCUGAA